CUACCUUCGUGUUUCGUGAUACAGUGAGAGGGAGCUUUGCAGUUUGGUGCUUUGCAAGAGGCUGAAUGGUUUGAGAUUGGUAGUGAUUUUUAGCAAGGAUUCGCGGGAAAAUGGCUUAUUUUCCAUCGUCAAUUUGUUAAUAUUUGAUGAAAUUAAAAAAGCGAAAGAGCUUGUGCGCGCAGUGCGUGAGUAUGCCCGCCAAGGUCUCGAAGAAGGUGGUCGGCAUGAUUAUCCGAAGCCGAAAAACCAUGAAGGAUGGUGUCAUCACGAGUUCGGGGGUUGGAGAUGCGAGUGUAUAUCAUGCCCUGGUUGUAAUAUUCCUGGAGUUCUUCGCCUGGGGCUUACUUACAAUGCCAAUAAUAUCAGUGCUAAACGAGACAUUCCCUGAUCAUACAUUCUUAAUGAACGGUCUCAUAAUGGGUAUCAAAGGAAUCCUCUCAUUUCUCUCGGCCCCACUGAUCGGUGCUUUAUCGGACGUGUGGGGCCGGAAAUUCUUCUUACUUAUCACAGUGGCCUUUACUUGCGCUCCUAUUCCUUUAAUGAGCAUUAACACGUGGUGGUUCUUCGCCAUGAUUUCCAUAAGUGGUGUUUUCGCCUGUACAUUCUCAGUAGUAUUUGCCUACGUUGCUGACGUCACUGAAGAAAGCCAGCGAUCUCUGGCAUAUGGUUUGGUUUCUGCUACUUUUGCUGCAAGUAUGGUAAUAAGUCCUGCAUUGGGAGCGUAUAUAAUGACAAAUUAUGGAGAGAAUGUCGCUGUAGCUCUCGCCACCGCCAUUGCUGUUCUCGAUGUAUUUUUCAUUCUGGUAGCAGUGCCAGAAAGCUUACCAGAAAAAGCCCGACCCCCUGCACCCAUCUCCUGGGAACAAGCAGAUCCUUUUGCAGCCCUAGGAAAGGUGGGAAAAGAUCACACAAUAUUGAUGCUGUGCGUCACAGUGUUCCUGAGCUAUCUUCCCGAAGCGGGACAAUACAGCUGCAUAUUUGUUUACCUUAAAUUAGCAAUGGGCUUUUCAGCCGCGAUGGUGGCGGUAUUUAUCGCCGUAGUAGGAAUUUUAAGCGUUGGUGCCCAGAUGUUCCUGGGUCCACUAAUGAGAACUUUGGGCAGUAAGCACACUAUCAUGCUGGGACUUUUGUUCGAAAUGUUGCAGCUGAUGUGGUACGGUUUUGGCUCACAAACCUGGAUGAUGUGGGCUGCAGGCGUUCUGGCUUCUAUUUCAAGUAUAACAUAUCCAGCAAUUUCUGCAUUUGUAUCCAUGCAUUCCGACGCUGACAAGCAGGGCUUGGUGCAAGGAAUGGUGACCGGAAUGCGUGGACUCUGCAACGGUUUGGGCCCCGCGAUGUUUGGCAUAAUUUUCUACCUUUUCCACGUCGAUCUCAACGACGACACGCCCACAUUGCCCCUGAAACCUCCUCUCUUGAUAGAGAACAAUCGAACGGGAACUGCCAAUCAGCAUCUGGAUAUCGUUCCCCAGAGUGUAAAUUCUUUUUUGCAGCUGGUGCCAGGACCUCCAUUCGUCUUUGGCGCGUUACUGGUGAUUUGUGCUCUUCUAGUUGCGACAUUUAUACCCGAGACGAAUCCAAUGUUAACGGGACAAAUUCACCACUCUUCUACCUCCCGGAGGCCUUCCGGUAAAUACGCAUAUCAAAAAUGCCUCUCGCUAGACGUUCAAUACGACACGGAUAGAAUAAGUAGUGGCCGGGGGAAACUCGGGCCUCUUUCUCCUCUAGUCGAUAACUCCAACACUGCUGCGCUCUAACCAAUCCUGAACAGCAGACGUGUCGCGAGACACAAUACAGAGGACUUGGAUCCUUUUGACAAAGUGAAACGCUAUCUUACUGCGUCAAAGUAAACUCUGCAUCGAGAGAAAACACUUUGUGCAAGAUACUGUAAGCAUUGUUUCAACUGUAAUAUAAUCCGCUUAAAGUAUUGGUUUAGGACUCUUUGAAGAUAGGUUGUGAUUGUGAAUAGGGAAAGUUAGCGGUGUAGCAGCAGCUCUUGGAAUGUCAACUGCGCAAUGCUGUCAGACUCCGAAAAGAAAAACGAUUCCAGUAUUGGAAAAUCGAACCGUGGUAUAGGGAAUUAAUUUCUAAUCACAAAACAAUCGUUUAACUUCUGACAGCAGUGCCGGUAGAAUUGCACGUGUUCCAUUUAGAGAUGGAGUCUUGUCAAUCGUCACAAAAUGCAACAGAGUAAAAAUGUAUAAUGUUCGCGUGUUUGAAAAAAAAGAAAAGUAUCUGUACUGCAGAGCAUCUGCCUACCGAAGAACUAUUUAGGGCUUGCCGAAAGCACAAAACGGCAAAGCGGAUGAAAGUUACAAUAAGUAUUUUUAUCAGGCACACACUAUUUCACCAACUCGUUUCGAUCGGAAGCAUCUGUGUCAUAACUUCCCUCACGUUUCUUAUACAUUUUACAUGAAAUGAACUAUUAUUAUUUAACUAGAAGGACUGUUACGUUUUAUGUUGCCGUUA